AUGCCGAGCCAAAAGCUACCAUUCCACAUCGCCAUCGUUGGUGGUGGCAUUGGCGGCCUUUGUGCUGCGCUCUCGAUCCACCAUCACUGUCCCAAGGACGGCAGUGUGGUGAUAGAUGUGUACGAACAAGCGCCGGAAUACAAGGAAAUUGGUGCUGGCUUGGGCAUAGGAGUGAAUGCAGCCAAGCUCCUCCACCGCAUCGGCUUGGGGGAAGACCUCAACAAGAUUUCUGGCCACCGCAAUGGCAUCUGGAUCUCGUUUCGCCGUUACGACACAGGUAGCGAGAUUGUUACUGUCCCGGUUGAUGACCGACAAGAAAUUAGACAAAGUCCCGUCCACCGAGCAGAAUUUUUGGCUCUCUUGUUUGACCACGUGAAGAAGCGAAAUGCAGCCACUCUGCAUGUCAACAAGAGGUGCGUCGAGCUCAAGGACCAAGGGAACUUCGUAGAGCUCUGUUUCGCCGAUGGCACGACCACGACGGCGGAUUUGGUUGUUGGAUGUGACGGGAUCCAUUCCGUUAUCCGCUCCCAGUUUCGCUCCGACAACCCCAAGUACAGCGGCCGCAUGUGCUACCGGGGGCUGGUCCCCAUCAAGGACCUUGAAUCCUGGUGGCCGUUCCCAUCGUACUCGGUUAGCUGGCUGGGGCCCGACAAACACUUCCUGGCGUUUCCCAUCAGCAGAAACACGAUUCUCAACAUUGUCGCCUUUGUCUACUCCGAUGAUGAUCGUACCAAGGAAAGUUGGACGGCCACUGGCCACCGAAGCGAGGUCCAGAAGGAAUUCGAGGAAUUCGACGCCACUGUCCGCAAGACUAUCUCUUUUAUGAAUGAGAAUCCGUCCAAGUGGAUUCUGAAUGACCGGGAGCUACUCGAUCAAUGGGUUUACGGAAACGGCAAAAUAGUCUUGAUGGGAGAUGCAGCGCACGCGAUGCUGCCACAUCAAGGAGCUGGCGCUGGUCAAGCCAUUGAAGAUGGCUACAUUCUGGGCCGAGCCAUAGCUGACUACUUGUCUGCGCCUCCAGAGAGAGAGACUCAAACGCUUGACAAGUGGAUGCAGCUGUAUCAAGACGUUCGCCUUCCCCGUGCCCAAAAAGCCCAGGCAACAGCUCGACAAGCCGGGCAAGUGUACGAAAUGCAGACACCAGAAAUGAAGGGCAAAGCCUAUGAGGACUGUCUCCCGCUUGUGCGAGACAGUCUGAAGGACCGCAUGCAGUGGAUCUGGGCUGGAGACAUUGAGGCUGAAUAUGAAGCAAAGAAGCUGCGUCUAAUGGAUCAAGAAGCCCGCGAGAACUGUAGAGAUACUGGCCGUAGCAAGAUACACUCGGUGACGGAGCGUGCAGUGCUGGAAGACCCCGCUGCUUAUGGGAGGCCACGGAAAACCCAGCUAUACACUGUGGCCAUGGUUAGGCAGCUCUCCCCGAAUCGAGCCUGCCGACGCCAAGUUCAGCGCGAGGAGUGGUGGUGGCUUCGCCAAGGCGUAAAUCCUGACAUAGGUGCUCGUUUGUUCCAUGAACCAAUACAAAUCUUCUUGGGUCAUCUCUGCCAGCGUGCACCGGCUCCGUUCGCCGUGCGGGCUGGCACGAUGAGAUCCCCCAGAUGCGAGUCUACUCGGCAGACCAGCUCUGCCUCUGAUCACAAGGAAGGCCCCAGGAAACGGCGCCGAGCGACAGUGGCAUGCCGCAGUUGCCGACAGCGCAAGACAAAAUGCGACCACAUUGUGCCGGCGCAAGCGUCUGAUGAGAUGCUUCGUGGCAUGACCAAAUCGGCCCAGAUAUAUAUCCGAUCGCUGGAACGCCGCGUGCGCAAUUUUGAAGAUGUUCAAAGGGACGCGAACAAGUAUCACCAAAACCAGCAGCAGCCGCAGCCAACAGUCCAGACCAUCUCUCCUGUACCGUCAACAAGCCAGAGCGAGGCAACGAGAAUGCCACCCAUACAGCGGUCUACACGGCCAUCCGCAUGGUCAUUCGCUCACAACCAGCAUCUGCGUCCCAAUGUUCUUCCAACAACUCCGGACAUCUUCCUCAGCGGGAAAGCCGGCGAGUCUUUCACACAGCUGAUACUCAAUGCCAUGAAUAAUCCAUCCGUCAAGCUCGAUUCUCAGUCUUUUUCGUCCCCUCGAGACUAUUCAGUGGACAUUCGGGGCUCUGAGAACCUCUUUUCCCCGCCUGUCAAUGCCCGAGAAUAUCUCCAGAUCUACUUCGACUUCCACCAUGAGCUGACUCCCAUCUUCCAUGUGCCCUCCAUCAUGGCCGAGUUCGAACAGAUUCUCAGUACCAGGAUCUCCUCUAGCAACAGUCAUCAUGUGUACAUUCUGGCUAUUCUCAACAUGAUAUGUGCGUUGGCCGCGGCUCAUAGUCGACAAAGACACGGUGAUUCCGACACCAUGUCUCGCAAAUACUACAACACCGCCAUGCAGCUAAUGCAGCCCAAUAUCUUGUGCGAUUGGAAGAUUGAGAAAGUUCAGGCCCUCCUUCUCGGUGCGCGAUAUCUGCAGAGCUCUAGCUACAGCGAUGAAUGCUGGACGGUGUUAGGCCUAGCCAUCCGCAUCGCUUAUGAUCUGGAACUACAUCGGUCGCCGGAUCCAGGACAGUACGACUGUAUAGAGCAAGAAGUUCGUAAGCGUGUAUGGUAUGCAUGUUUUGGCCUCGACAAAUUACUCAGCAUGAUAUACGGCCGGCCUGCUGCUACCUCGACGGCGACAUUCUCAACUCCCCUUCCAGAGGACUUGGACGACGAUUGCAUUCGACCGAAUCGGCUACUGUUUCCCUCCGUUCACACUACCUCAAGCAUGUCAUUUUUCCUACAGGUCUCGAAACUAUACCGCAUUCUCGAAUCAACAACAGUGCUAGGUGACCAGCCAGCGUUGGCAGACCUCGUUAGGCUGGACGAAGAAUUUGAGAGCUGGCAUGCCGAGGUACCCAACAGGCUACAGAUCCGCGAAGCUGGUCUACGAGGCGACGAGGCAGCACUUAUCUUGGCGCUGCGAGCCAAUAUGGUGUGCAUUUUGAUUCACAGACAGUCACUAGUAUCCGGCCUAAGCGCACUCUCCUCAGUUCCAUCAUCAACUGCAACCCCGGCCGUAAAGGGAUGGGAGGGAGGGCGACUACGGACAAGCAUACUACAACGAAGCCGGCAAAUAUGUGUGAGCACUGCGGAAGAGACGGUUCGGUUGGUGGCUGAACGACAUGAGCGGACCAAGAAUGCAAUGGGACCAAGCUGGUUCAACUUGUACUAUUUGUUCACUUCUAUUCUCAUUAUUGUCUCGCAUGUUGUGGAUCCUGCUUUCCAGGACGACCGGAGCGCAUUGCUGCACCUCGACCAGGCCGUGAACAUGAUUCGACAAAUGUCGGUCAACCAUCUCUGCGCACAGAGAGCUUAUGCAUUCUUGCAGCAGUUGCUCGGGCUACUGGAUAGGACAAUGCCAGAAGACAGACGAAGGUCCCUGGACCGUUGCAGUACACCUCCCACCGCUAUGACAGGAAGCAACCGAGGGACCGCAGAAUCCUCGAUGUACGGCAACUGCCCAACAAUAGGCGCAGGCGAAGAGAUGGAAGACGGCGUAGUUGACUUGUGGUCUCUUUGGGACACCACCCAAGAUCUGACAAUGGAUUUGGGCUCUCAGCUGGAGCUUCAUUCUAGCCUAGGCUCGUCCACGUGGUCAUGGGGCGUUGACAAUCCGGGGGCUGGGUCGUUGAUGCAAACUCCACCGGCCCUAAACGGGAUUCCGGGGGGGUGA